CACACACAAGGUGUCAGAUCAGGGUCAAUGGCUUCAGAAUGAGGAAAAUGGUAAUCAAAUUUGUUGCCACACAUAUUUAUCAGCCUGAGGAAAACUGGAAGCUAUGAGGUCUUUGGAGUAUUGCUGACGGUAAUACAAAGGAAUAUAAAUCCACAUACACCCGUACACCCAGAAAUGUCCCAAAGUCCACUUGGAAACUCCUCAAAAUGAUGCCCUGAUCCAAGAUGGCGUCCCAAAUUGCCCUUGUGAAAGAUGGCGCCUAAGAAUGCCGUUUCUCCCUCGACUUCCUUUUACUGGAAGUAAAAAAGGCUCCGCCUACCACAAAGAUGGAAGUACAAUUUAGUCGGGUUUUUUUUUCCUGUUUCUGGCGAAAACUAGUAGGACUCUAGUGAGGUCCCCAAGUAUACCGUUUCUCUUCGGAGCCUGUAACAACUCACACACCCACGUCGGCUCUAGCCGGCAUCAAGUUUGAAGCGAACGGAAGUGCGGCAGCUCUGGGGCAGUCAGUAGUCUGGGCGGGUCGAGGAGACACUUCCGCCCCUCAUCAAUAUGGCCGCAGGCUGGGACUGCGCAUGAGCAGCUGUCUAUGGCGAGACCUAGAUCCAAAGACGGAGAACGCUGCCGGGGGAAAUUGGCGACUGAAGCGGCCUGGGCGGGAUUUAGCAUUCGGGCCUUUGAGGAAGGAGCUACGAAGUCCUCUGAAAGAAGGCCAGUGACUCGGAUGAGCCCCCUCACAGAGAGAUGAAGGGGCAGCAGAAAACAGCUGAAACUGAAGAGGGGACAGUGCAGAUUCAGGAAGGUGCAGUGGCUACUGGAGAGGACCCAACUAGUGUAGCUAUCGCCAGCAUCCAGUCAGCUGCCACUUUCCCUGACCCCAACGUCAAGUACGUCUUCCGAACUGAGAAUGGGGGCCAGGUGAUGUACAGGGUGAUCCAGGUGUCUGAGGGGCAGCUGGAUGGCCAGACGGAGGGCUCUGGCGCCAUCAGUGGCUACCCUGCCACUCAGUCUAUGACCCAGGCAGUGAUCCAGGGAGCUUUCACCAGUGACGAUGCCGUUGACACGGAGGGAGCAGCUGCAGAGACACAUUAUACUUACUUCCCCAGCACCGCAGUGGGAGAUGGGACAGGGGGUGCCACAUCUGGGAGUACCACAGCUGUCGUUACCACCCAGGGCUCAGAGGCACUACUGGGGCAGGCAACCCCGCCCAGCACAGGUCAAUUCUUUGUGAUGAUGUCACCACAAGAAGUAUUGCAGGGAGGGAGCCAGCGAUCAAUUGCCCCCAGGACCCACCCUUAUUCCCCGAAGUCAGAGGCUCCCAGGACAACUCGAGAUGAGAAACGGAGGGCUCAACAUAACGAAGUGGAGCGUCGCCGCCGGGACAAGAUCAACAACUGGAUUGUACAGCUGUCCAAAAUCAUCCCAGACUGCUCUAUGGAGAGCACCAAGUCUGGCCAGAGUAAAGGUGGGAUCCUGUCCAAAGCCUGUGAUUAUAUCCAGGAGCUGCGGCAGAGCAACCACCGGCUGUCUGAGGAGCUUCAGGGGUUAGAUCAGCUGCAGCUGGACAAUGACGUGCUUCGGCAGCAGGUGGAAGAUCUUAAAAACAAGAACCUGCUACUACGAGCUCAGUUACGGCACCACGGACUAGAGGUCGUCAUCAAGAAUGACAGCAACUAACUCUGGGGGUUCAGGGCCUUUGGGCCGAGAACUGCAGACAGCCCAGGAGCAACAGGCUAAUCCCAUGCACCUCCUUCACGGCCUACUUCUGGCGUGGGGCUCGGGGGAGUUUGGCAAGUGUGCUUUUGAACUGAGGCCCUAUGGUGUGGCAGUCUGCAGUGAGUGGUGUGAGACACAGUGUGGACGUACACCGACAGCCUCACCUGCUCCCACCGCACAGUCCCCAGGCCCUGGUGCCCCUUUGGCACACUGCAUGUGCUGUCUCCUUGGUGGACACUGGACACACUGAAUCUGGGCUUGCCAUGUGCUUGCUUAGAGUGCCUGGGAGAGGGUAUGUGGGCCUAGUACCUCCACUGGUUCUUCCUUUCUCUGAAGCAGAAGUUAAGAUAUGUACCUGAUUACUCUGGGGAGCAGACUUACUCAAGAGGUGGGGAAGAAUGCUAGCUAGCUGGCUGCUAUCCCAGGAACCAGUAAGCAGCUGAGGCCUCCAUAGAAGGCUCUGGAGCCAGGGGGAACUAUAGGCAGAGGAGGGUUCACUGAGAGCCUUUCCUGCUCCAGGGAUGGUUCUUUUUAUUUCUUGACAUUUUUUUUUUUUUUAAGAUAAAAUUGUUUAGAGCCACA